GGGGAAACGAACGGCAGGUGAGCUUCUGGAGGCAGCCGGCUGUGACGUCUGUCGAACGAUCGAACCUCGCAGGUUUUUCGUUGCCAGGGAAACGCCCUGGACAUCAAAACUUAAGCAGGAUGGAGAAGGAAAAAAUCACAAUGAAAUCCAACGUUGCGGCUGCUAAUCUCCUGAGCGCGCUACAUUCUCUCUAUCAGUUUGGUCACUUGUGUGAUGUGACCAUUCACAUUGACUGUUUCGGAAGCCAAGAGGACUUUUUCGUUCACAGAGCUGUACUGGCAGCUUCCAGCAAUUACUUUAAAAGCUUGUUCCUCAAAGACAAGACGCUGAAAGCCGAGCAUUGCCGUGUAACGCUCCAGGAUGUUCGCGCCGAAGAAUUUGUCUCCUUCCUGAAGUUUGUCUACACGACAGAAGUUGAAAUUGAAGUGGGCCGACUGCACCGCAUGAAGGAGAUGGCCGAAAUGUUGGAAUGCAAAGAUCUUCUGGAGGCUUUGGAAGCCAUGAAUGUUGAGGGCCAAAAAGAGCUGGAUCUGAGGGUGUGUUUGAACAAACCUGAAAGGUCUCUGCGGCGCCAGGCUGAGCAAAGAGAUCAGGAACAGAGCAGUUUAUCACACAUUUUCUCAGCGCCUAUGAAGAAAAAUCUCUGGGACAGAAAGAAGCACGUAAAAGUGCCAACCAUCUAUGAGUUCCCUGGAAGUAAAUUCAGGCAACUGAACCAAGAUGGGGUAGCUCUUGGGGUGCCUGACGAUGAGGCAGUGAUGUCACCUGAACAGUACAAGGCAGAGAAGCCUAGGGCUCCCAACACAGGCAAUAGCACCCAAGUAGAAAACAAACCUUUAAACCAGGUGGGCUCAACCUGCAUAACGAACGAGGAGCUUCCUGGCGAGAGAAAGGAUCAAAGUGGGCUGAUUUGUAGCGGAACUCAGCUUCGAAAAUCACCACGCAGCUUAGCCAGAGUCUUGCCACACACUUACACCUGUGACACUUGCGACCGCUCCUUUCGCUUUGCCAAACAGUACCAGUCACACGUGAAACUGGAGCAUGGCCUGAAUCUAGACAGUAAGUACAGCUGCCACGUGUGUGGCCAGCUUUUUGCCAGCUGCCAAAACCUGAAACAGCACGGGCACGCUGUUCACAACAACGAGCACCGGAAAGACGUCAAUGAUCACAUCCGGGGAGCGCAGGAAAAGAAGCGGAAUCCCCAAAGGUGCCCCUUCUGUGACAAGGUUAUCAGCUCCAAAUUUGGCCUGACGAUUCACAUUCGAACGCACACAGGAGAGAAGCCGUAUAAAUGUGAAUACUGCCCGGCCAGCUUUGCUCAGAGGUCAUCCUUCAAUACUCAUGUGAGAAAAAUACACGAAUCUGGGCAAGUUCGGAAACGCCUGCCAGGUUGCUGGAAGACAGUGCCACCAGCAGACAAAGUUGACACGGCAGAUGGUGACUUUAAUAUUGCUAAGAAAGCACGUCUCGAGGUACCAAACCCUGACCCACCAAGAGAAUCUAGGGGGGGAAAAACCUGGGUGCUUGAAAGAGAAUCACAGAGUUUGGCUGUAGAAGCAAAGUCUGACUGUCAAGCAGACGGGCAGGAGCAGUGUGAUGAAUCUGGCUUGGAAAGGGAAAAUGUUGCAAUUGUUGAAGAAGAAGAAGAAGAAGAAGAAGAAGAAGAAGAAGAAGAAGAAGAAGAAGAAGAAGAGGAAGGGAAUCAUGGCACCAGCAUACAUGACAGGGGAGAUCACGAAACUCUCUGUUUAGAUGAGGACGAUGAUUGUUCGAAUGACCACCUCGCAGAAGAAGAAAACAAACUGAAUGACGAGCGCAAAGCGAGGAAAAGCAAUAAAAACACGGUAACCAAGAAAUCGGCCUACGUCAUCACGUGCCACGAGUGUGCCGAGAAAUUUGCCUCACGUAAAAAAUACGUCGACCAUUGCAAAGAUGUCCAUCACGCUUCGCCUGGGAAAGCCUAUCAGUGUGAUGUUUGCAGCAAGUCCUUUGCUAGUUUCAACAGCUGGAAGGAGCACAGGGCGUGCGUCCAUACAGAAGACAGGCAGUUUGCCUGCACACUCUGUGAUGCCACCUUUAAAAGGAAGAGGGACGUGAGAACACACUACGUGCGGAAGCAUGAAGGGCGAGUGAAGCGUCCCCUGUGCUCUGUGUGUGGCAAGAUCUUGAGUUCAAGGACGGCACUGGUAUUUCACAUGAGGACCCACACUGGGGAGAAGCCGUACCAGUGUGGCAUUUGCUUCUCGAGAUUUGCUCAACCGUCGCAGCUGAAGAUCCAUACAAGGUCCCAUACAGGCGAGAAGCCGUACGUUUGUGAGGAGUGCGGAGCAUGUUUUGCAGACAAAGGCAAGCUGAAUGGCCACAGGAGGACGCAUACAGGAGAGCGCCUCUUUAAAUGUGACGUGUGUGGAAAACAUUUUGCUACCAAUGAAUACCUAAAAUGCCACAAGCGCUGCCACAUGGGAGCCAAACCGUAUAAAUGUGACGUCUGUGGGAAAACGUUUGGACUGCGAGCCUCAUUAGCCCAACACAGUAAUGUUCAUGCAGAGAAGCCUCCUUAUUUCUGCGAGCAGUGCGGGAAGACCUUCACUCAGCAAGGAGCCCUGAGGCGCCACCAGCGCAUUCACACCGGAGAAAAGCCAUACAAAUGCAGGGCUUGUGAGAGGACCUUCACUGACAUGUCCACCUUGAGAAGACACGUCCUGGUCCAUGAUCGGAAUGCUCACUGGAGGAGUUUCUUAAUAGAUCUCACUAUCAAAAAGGAUCACAACUGGUCCAAAAUAGAGACUUUGUCUAAUAUCUGUAUGGGAGACGGCACUACACCUGUUUGGUCAAGUACGCAAAGUAAAGGUUACAAACCAGAAAGUGUGAGCGUCAAAAAGGCAGAACAUGUGUCAUGUAAUAGUAAUGUAAGAGAUUCUGACCAUUCCCUCAUGCAUUUAUAACUCUCAACAGGCAAGAUGGGAACACGGACGGGCACAGGCAUCUCUCCUGCAUUCUGCCUCUGCCCAAAAACUCCACAGGUAAGUCAUGCUUGUAGUUCAGCAUCCCCAAAAGGAAGGUGUGGCACCUUAACUCCUCAGGACUUUUUCAUGCAAGGCAUUAUUUUCAAGUCGUAGGGGAAGAUUUUGAUGGGGCUGAUUUCUUUGGGGGAAGGGGGUCUUUUGGCAGGCCAGCACAUCAGGAGAGCUGAUGUCAGUAGUAAAACCGAACAAGGAUGGCAGGGUAGAGAACACUUAUGUAACUGGUUUUGGCAGGGGCGUUUUUGGUAUUUAAAAUGUGCGGACUGUCUUCUGGGAUGGCUGUUAAGACAAAUGAUGAUGGUGUAACUGGGCCAAACUGUGCCCGGGGCGGACUCUGUGUUUUCUGCCCGCCCCCUCCAUGGGCCCUGCUCCCUCACAUUCCCUGCGGGGGGGCUCUUCCCCCAUGGCUCGCAAUGUCUCCUGGGUAGUGUAGUUCCCACCAGGGUGCUUUUUCAGCCUGAACUGAAUAGGCCGCUUUUUCAGCCAGAACUUUUUCAGGCUAAACUUUCAAGGUGAAGUGGAAGUGCAUGGGGAGGAAGAGGGAGCCGCAUUUUCCCGCCACCCUUUUGGUGUGCAGGUCCAGUCUUGUUAAGCACCACCACCCUGCACCCUUAUAGCUUCGCCUCUCGUGAGUGUUUAAUUGCGUUCAAGGAGAAUGGCAUACUAAGACCUGUAUGUCAGCCCUCCAGGAACCUGGGGCAAGGGGGAGAACCAAAGAAGGAAA